UUUUUUUUUUUUUUUUUUUAAUAAACAGCAAUAUUGUUUUCAGAGCAAAACUGAAGGAACAUUACAUUUUGUUGAAAGGGAAUCCGGAGUGUAGUAAAAACGUAAACAACCACACCCCUUACUUAGCCCGCCUUCGCCUCUGCCGCGUAUUGCCAACAGUCCCGCAGGGCCGCCGUCACCACCGCGGCCCUCUUUAUCUGAAAGGUUCAUAUAUUUAUCAUCUAUCACCAAAAGAAGCAACUGAAGCAGCAGCUUAUUGGUCAUUGUGAUUGUAUUAUGGCUACCAAGUUUGUUCUUUUACGAAGGCUCUCAAGAUUUGCAAAACCUUCUUUGACUCAUAGGUCAAGAUCUGUUCUGCUGGAACCUUUGAGACCUAUUGGUUUCUCUGAGAAUAAGUCUUCUUCUAGAAGCUUAAUUACUACUUCUAGAAACUUUUGCUCUGGCCCACUCAGUCCUAGCGAUGACUCUCAAGUGCCUGCUGCCAUCGAUUAUCAUUCUCUUUUGCAGGAGGAUGAGUUUCACAGGCUAGCUAACUCCACAAUCCAUGAUUUACAAGAGAAACUUGAGGAAUAUGGUGAUAUUGUCCAAAUUGAUGGAUUUGAUGUAGACUAUGGGAAUGAGGUUUUGACCCUGAAGCUCGGAGCUUUGGGUACUUAUGUGUUGAACAAGCAAACACCGAAUAGACAAAUUUGGUUGUCUUCUCCAGUGAGUGGUCCUUCCAGAUUUGACUGGGAUCAAAGUGCUCAAGCUUGGGUUUAUAGACGCACUAGAGCAAACUUGCUGAAAAUGUUGGAAAGUGAGUUGGAGCAAUUAUGUGGUGAGCCUAUCAAUCUUUCGUCAAAUAGUUGAAGGUUCUGUAAUGUAUUACUCUAUACAAGUUUUCCUUUCUUUUUUACAUAUUAGUCAUGAGGAAGUUUUGUUGUCAGUUCACUAGAUAAUAUAUCUGUUUAUUACUUUCAUUUUCUGGGUUUGUAACAACCUAUUCAGGAUCAUAAGCACUUUCUCACAAAAAUAAUGUCAAACACAGUUCAAAACUUUGGUGCCUCUUGAUUCGUGAAUGUGAAAUAAAGCCUUCCAAACUUACGUUUAAAGU